ACCCCCCACUCGAUCCAACUUGCCUCCCUCGCGUCCCUACAACCUCUUCACCGGGCCAAAAGCAAAUAGAUAGCUAGAGAGGAGGAGGCAUGAAACCUCCGUCGAGUCUUCACCACCUACACCAUGCUCCCCCAUGAACCUCAUGAGGUGUAGUGUACAUUCAUGAUUUCGGUCCUCGCAAUAAAUUUCAACUGCAACAUGCUUACCAGAUUUAUAGUCAAUAAAAGCCCUUGAGACCUCCUACGGAUCGAUCACCACUCAUCGCAGCCUCCUCUGUUCUCUCGUUGGAUAAAACCACGAUCGGUUCUGUGUAGCCGUGUCUCCUGCCAAAUAGCUUAGCCAUGGAAGGUGGUUGUGUCGAAGAGGUAUCGAGCGACUCGGAGAAGCGGCUGCAGGUGGCGCCGCAGCAUUUUGUGACCGAGGUCCUACAGCGCAUGGGCAGCGGCGUCAGCGUGGUGCUCGACCCCACUCCGGAGGGCGGGAUGAAGGCUGAGUCCAGGAAGCUGCCAUCGUCUCGGUACAAGGGCGUCGUCCCCCAGCUGAAUGGCCGGUGGGGCGCCCAGAUCUACGAGAGGACCCGGCGGGUGUGGCUCGGCACCUUCAGCGACGAGGCGGAGGCUGCAAGGGCCUACGACGUCGCCGCGCAGCGGUUCCGCGGCCAGGACGCGACCACCAACUUCCAUCCCCUGUCGGAGACCCACGACGACGAGGCGGCCGAGCUUACCUUCCUCUUGGCGCACUCCAAGGCGGAGAUCGUGGACAUGCUGCGCAAGCAUACGUACGGCGAAGAACUGGAGCAGAGCAAGCGAGACGCACGGGAUGGCCGGGGCGCCAUUGCAGGCAAGAGGAGGACGCCGAACGACCUGCGAUCGGUUCGCGACCUUCUGUUCGAAAAGGUGGUGACGCCGAGCGACGUCGGGAAGCUGAACAGGCUCGUGAUACCGAAGCAUCACGCCGAGAAGCACUUCCCAUCGAAGAGCAGCAGCAGCAUGGCGUGCAAGGGCGUGCUGUUCAACUACGAGGACGCCGGUGGCAAGGUUUGGAGGUUUCGGUACUCGUACUGGAAGAGCAGCCAGAGCUACGUGCUAACGAAAGGGUGGAGCCGGUUUGUGAAGGAGAAGAACCUAAAGGCCGGGGAUGUGGUUAGCUUCUGGCGAUCCACCGGGCCGGAGAAGCGGAUGUACAUCGACCGGAGGGCCGGGGGAGUCGUGUGCGAUCGCAGCGCGCCACCCGCCAUCGGGCAGCUUCCCGUGGUCAAGCUGUUCGGUGUGGACAUAUCAGAAUUGCCAGCGAGCGGCGGCGAUGCCAAAAGAGGAAGAGAGAUGGAAUUGUUUCCACCAUCACAGUUCUUCGAGAGGCAAUUCAUAGAAGCUUUGUAAAUCCGUCGAUGCUUUUCGUUUUCUUCUUUCUGUUCUGAUCCCUUUUGCUAUUGGUUUCAUGAAGUGUGCUUGUAAAGCAGACACCACAGGAAGAAACCAUGUAUGUCGUGUGCUACUUGUUGUUGUAUCAGUAAAGUUGGGUAGGUUUCAUUAGCUAAUAGGCAAUUCAUAUGAAGUUUCUUAUGUGGACAUCUGUUAGUAUAAAUCAACGAGUUGGAAAAGCAGAAGUGGAGUUAUA